UUACCUUGGAAAAAGAAUUCCCGUGCCGUCUACGACACCUUUUAACUCCUAUUAAAUCCGUUGAACGAAUUUGGAAAGCCUUUUCAACCUAAGCUAAGCUAAGCCGCCUCUUCUUUUGCUGUAGACUUUGUUUGAUCUUCUCAUUCUUUUUGUGUUGUUGUCUGUUAAUAUAGGCAGAGGGUUUAAUUCCAUUAAAUGGAGAAUAAAUAUCAGAUGUUCUUUCCUAUCUCUUCCCCGGCAUCAUCAGCAGCUUAUGAUCCCUUCACAACAAACAUUAUGGCACCUACUAGUCCUCAUGUUUUCAACAAUUUUCAUGGGAAUAGUUCAAAUGGGUUGAUGGAUUUGAAGACAGAUCAGAAGUUCGUCAAGAAAGCUGCAGAAGUGAAGGAACCUGUUGAUCAGAAUGGGAGCUUUGUUGGGUCUGAAGCUGAUUAUCACUUAAAAUCAUCAGCUGCUACUGAUAAAAAGAAGGAAAAGAUGAUUAGGAAGCCUAGAUAUGCCUUUCAAACAAGGAGUGAAGUUGAUAUACUUGAAGACGGAUAUCGCUGGAGGAAAUAUGGGCAAAAAGCUGUUAAGAACAGCAAAUUCCCAAGAAGCUACUAUCGGUGCACACAUCAAGGAUGCAAUGUAAAAAAGCAAGUCCAACGUCUAAGCAAGGAUCAAAGUAUCGUAGUGACGACUUACGAAGGAAUACACACUCAUCCUAUACAUAACCCUACCGACAAUUUUGAACAUAUCUUAAGUCAGAUGCAUGUUUAUACACCUCUUUUCAAACCCAUCCAUCUUUAGCUAAUGUAUCUCUAUGCCCUUUCUUUUUUACAUAUCCAAAUAAACACAUGCUCAUAUCUUGAUUUACUCCUUCCCUAUGGAAUAGUUAAUAAUACUGUAUUAUUAUUCCUUACCUUUUUUCUUUUGUACUAGUGCUUAAUUACUUAUAACUGUAGCAAGGAAAUUCAAACUUUAAACCUCAUAGAUGCACAUUUGGUUUCGUUUAUGGAAGGUACGAUUACGUUUCGUGAUAAGAUUACAAGAAUGUAAAAUUAAAAGCUGUGUUACAUUACUCUGUUUGGUUGACGAAAUGUAUGAUUACUUAAAACCCAUGUUACUAAAUUGUCCUUGUUAUAGGAUUUGUUUUA